AUGGAGUCUUUCUCUCGAGAUACAGAAGGAAGCACGGAGGACAUUCCAGAACGUAAAAAGUCCAAGCUGAAGUCUCUAAAAUCUCGUCUCUUCGGGAGGAGCAAGAGAGCAGACAGUGUAGAUGAAAAAUACAAACUCAGCCAGUCGACCAGUGAUAUCACUCCAGGAAAGGGACUUGGAUCAGAUGAAGAUUUGGCAUGCUCCCAAGGAAUGAUGGGAUCCCGGGCACUUUCCCAUGACAGUAUCUUUUUGGCAGAUCUAGUCCUUUCAGACGCUGAGCCAGCCAGGGUCUUAUCCCAGGAGAAUGUUCAUAGCAAGAUCAAAGAUUUGCAGAUGAAGCUUCAGCAGCAGAAGAUGCAUUUGGGGCCACCACCUCCAGUUGUGCCAGUCAGACGUCCAGAAGAGCUAUGCAGCCACUCAGAGGAUGAUGGUCUUCCUCACAGCCCUUCUGAAAUCUCAGGAUGUGACAUUACAACUGGGGGAGCCCUGAGCAUGCCCAUAUCCCAGCCAUCUUGUCGUCCACUUUCGCCCAUCCUCAAACCUGUAUCUACCAAAUCAGUGCCUCCGAAUCCAUCCCAUACCUUCCCUCUUUCUGUUCCCUCUAAUCCCUCUCCUGCUGCUGUUGAGCCCCCGUUGGACUUCAGUUCUCCAGUUCAGUUUACUCCCUGCCUGGACACGUCUGCCGCACGCCACCGAAUGUCUAUCAAGCCUAGGAACCAGAGGGCCAGCACCAAGAAGAGGAUCACUGCACAUGAUUCUAAUUUACACACGGUGAACAAUAUUGACCACCAUGAGUCUGAGAAAGAAGAAGAGCAACAGUUUACUGCAGUAGAGGAGGUGACAUUGGAAAAAGAACAAGGAAGGGACAACACCCCUAUGACAUCUCAACAACUUCCUUCAAAAACCCCAGAACUAGUGUCGAUCACAUCAGAGGCAGCACCCAAAUCAUCCAGUCUUCCUUUUUCCCAACAGGACCCAGUUCUUCCUGGGAGAUCACCCUCUAUAUCCUCCCAGAUACUUAGAGUUAAGCCUCCUAGACAUGGAGAUAUAAUGCAGAGUGAACGGCCACACUCAUCCUUCAUACCGUCAGAACUGAAGGAAAAGAGAGAGGGCCUGGAAGAGUUUGAAAUACAGGUCAUGUCCUAUGACAAGAGGAAUAGUCUAACCAAGGCUGAUAUAAACUCUAAAGAAGUCUCCUCUGACCAACUCUCUACUGGCUUUGGCUCAGUGGUGGCACCCAGGUCUCCUUCUGUUUAUCAACAGGUUCAAAGUGAACCAGAGAACAUAAUAGGAAUAAAGCGACCUACCCCAGGAUCUGGAUCCUUCAAAUUCCCUAUUGCCACUGCCAAAAGCCGAGAUAGUGAGAGACCCCGAUCAGGCAGUUUUGUGCUGGAGCAGGUGGGGGCCUGGAAGAAGACUGGAGGGGGAUCAGAGGAUACAGCCCCUCCAAGCAUGAAGGAAAGAGAGGAACGUAAAGACUUCCAACCAAGAGGGGGCCCCAUUGCUGUGGGAAGACUGAGACAAGAGGGAGCUCCACACAAAAGCUCAGUUCUUCCAUGGGACAGGGGGGACAGUCUGAAAAAAGUGGAAUCAGUGACACCACCUAAAAAUGUAACCACAGAUGCAGGCGUUUUAGAGGGGGAAGAGAUGGAGAGCAGUCAGGAGUUGGUGGAAGAGGCAGUAGAAGCAAAGGAGUUCCAGGAAGAAGAAAGAAAGACGACAUUUGGUGUUAAACUGCGCUCCACAUCUCAGUCCAUGAGAGUUAGGUCUGACGCCCCUUCCAACCAUCAUUCAAAGCCACUGUCAUGUGAGCAGCAACGUGACAAACAAAAAACACAGGAAAUAAGUGAUAAUGCCGACAACAUGUCUAAAACAUUGCCUACAUCCACCUCUGGAGACCUCAGGGCGACAGAGCCAUCCCCCUCUGGCUUCUCCCUUCCUGUCAAGAAUAACCCUCCAUCUAGUGAUGAUUCUCACACCAUACGUACAGAAGUCCAAACAUGCUCCAAAGAAGUAGAAGCUGCCCUCUGCGCCUCUCAGGAGCCCCAGCCAGCCCCUCAAACUGCUUCAUCUGAGGUGUCCUGGAUGAGCCUGGCGAUGGAAAAGACCAGAAGCAUCCAACAGCUUUUCACUAGUAGAUUUCCCAGAGACUUUACAGGCGGGCAGCCCGUGCCUCGACCACAAGUGCAAGUACAGCCAACAAAUCAAACAGAGACAUCGACCGAGUCACAAAUACAGACACAGACCGUAAAAUUACAACAAAAUCAGCAGCAACCCCCGUGGAGCAAUCGAGGUCUCCAGCCCUCCAACCAGCCCAAAUCUACAACGUCCGCUCCGACCUCAGUUUCUACCACCUCAACAGCCGCAGCUCCAUCUCUACUGUCUGCCUUGGGAAGAGGGGAAAAACCAGUAAUUGUGCUGGAGAAAGAGAGCCCACCACUGCAAGAGAAGCAGACAGUUUGGGAUGGGUUAAUAAGGGGUGACAAGGCUGCUUUUUUGGAGAAACGAGCACAGUGGACCACUCUUCCUGAAACCAAGGGGGUGGAAGUGAGGAAAACUCAAGCAGAAAUGCAGACAUCAGGUGAAUCCCCUGCCUCAGUGAAAACCACACUUAUAAGCAAAGACACAAAACUGGAGGGAAGACAAGGAGUGAACCUUGCAGAGUCAAGCCCCACCAAAGUUCCAGACAGGCCUCGUGAGGACAAAUGGUCCCGCAAAAAUUUGGGGCCAUCUUCAUCACCCUCGUCAUCACCUACACUUCCAUCAACAUUGCAGUCUAUGUCAGAGAGUGGCCAGCCGUCCUGGAUGGAACUGGCCAAAAGGAAGUCAAUGGCUUGGAGUGAUAAGACCAUGGACUAA